AUGAGUCGAUGUAGCUGUCGCUGUAUACGCCUGUCAUACAGGGAGGGAAGUAACCGUAUCAAAUGCGUAUUGUGGCAUUUUAGCACGUUAUCUGCGACAGGGUCGCUGUCGUUCUCGACUCACCAUGGUGUUCGAGUCUGUAGUCAGUGAUCUCUUGAACAGGUUCAUAGGAGAUUAUGUGGAAAACCUGGACAAGUCGCAGCUCAAAAUCGGCAUAUGGGGGGGAAAUGUGGUGUUGGAAAAUCUGAGGGUGAAAGAAAAUGCUUUGAGCGAGUUUGACGUCCCUUUUAAAGUGAAGGCUGGUCAGAUUGGUAAACUGACUCUGAAGAUCCCUUGGAAAAACCUGUACAGUGAGGCGGUGGUGGCCACAUUAGAUGGAUUAUACCUUCUGGUGGUUCCCGGUGCAACGAUUAAGUAUGAUCCAGUUAAAGAAGAGCGUUACCUGCAGGAGGCCAAACAGAAGGAGCUUCAGCGCAUUGAAGAAAAUCUGCAGCUGGUUGCACGCAGAGGCUCUCAGGCUGGAGAGUUUGUGUUUAGUCUGGAGAGUUAUGUGUAUAAGAAUCCACCACAGGACAAAGGACGUAAACUUAAAAAACAUAAAAAACCAUUUAGGAGAUCUAAAAAGUAUGAACAUAAAGCAGAGAAGCCCCAGGAAGAAAAGAAGGACACGUUUGCUGAGAAACUGGCUACACAAGUUAUCAAAAACCUCCAGGUCAAAAUCACCAGCAUUCACAUCAGAUAUGAGGAUGAUGUGUCAGAUCCACAAAGACCUCUUGCUAUGGGCAUGACUCUUUCAGAACUCAGUCUACAGACAGCAGAUGAGAACUGGAAGACAUGCAUUCUAAAUGAAGCAGCCAAGAUCAUCUACAAGCUGGGCCGCCUGGAGUCUUUUUGUGCCUAUUGGAACAUGAACAGCCCAAUCUUCUACAGAGGCUCAUGGGAGGAAAUAGUGGACAAUCUGAAAGCAGGAAUCAGCACAAAAAAUGAGGAACUGCAAGACUAUCAGUACAUUUUCAAACCCAUAUUUGCCUCUGCAAGGAUGUGCAUCAACCCUAAUGCUGAAGUUGAGCUAAAAUCACCCAAAGCAAACCUACACCUUGAGGUUCAGAACAUUGCAAUUGAGAUGACCAAGCCUCAGUACCUGUCUAUGGUAGAUCUGUUGGAGUCUAUAGACUGCAUGGUGAAGAACGGCCCCUACAGAAAGUUUAGGCCUGAUGUUCCAGUCCACAGAAACACCAGGCAAUGGUGGAAAUACAGCAUCAACAGUAUACUGGAAGUGCAUAUCAGGCGCUUUAACCAGAUGUGGGACUGGACCAACAUCAAGAAGCACAGGCACACACUUAAGGCUUACAAAGCUGCAUACAAAAUCAAACUCACACAGAGUAAAGUCCGAGAAGACACAGAGAAACAGAUCCAGGAGCUGGAGAAAGUUCUGGAUGUGUUCAACAUAGUAUUGGCCAGACAGCAGGUUCAGAUGGAGGUGGUUCGGUCAGGACAGAAGCUGGUUGCUAAAAAGGCUGCCACUCAGAAACCGAGUGGAGGAGGCUUUUUCAGCAGCUUUUUUGGCAAGAAAGAAGGGAAGAAGAAAGAGGAAGAAGAGGAUAAAGAGCCUGAGAGUAUUGAUUCCAUCAUGACUUCUGAAGAGAAAACGAAACUCUACACAGCCAUUGGCUACAGUGGGAGCUCACAUAAUCUUGCCUUACCAAAACAUUAUGUAGCUGUGAUCGUCAACUUUAAACUGUUGAGCACCUCAGUAACAUUCAGAGAGGAGCCUGGCAUUCCAGAGAUCCUCAAAGUGCAAAUGAUUGACCUCAGUACAUCCAUCUCACAGAGACCAGGAGCACAGGCCAUCAGGGUGGAAGCUAAACUGGAGCACUGGUACGUGACUGGUCUGCAGCAGCAGGGGGAGGUGCCAUCUCUCAUAGCGUCGGUUGGAGGCUCUGACUCUUCUCUGCUCAGCGUGCUCUUUGAGCUCAAUCCAGAGGACAGCACUGCUGACCAGCUCCUCAGAGUCCACUCACAGCCUGUAGAGAUCAUCUAUGACGCUCUGACUGUCAUCAGCAUCACAGAAUUCUUUAAGAUGGGGAAAGGAGUUGAUCUGGAGGUCAUCACCUCAGCAACACUCAGCAAACUUGAGGAGAUCAAAGAGAAGACAGCCAGUGGCUUGUCGCACAUUAUUGAGACACGUAAGGUGCUGGACUUGAGGAUCGAUCUAAAACCCUCCUACCUGCUGCUGCCCAAGUCUGGAUUCUAUGAUGGCAAAUCAGACCUCAUGAUCAUUGAUUUUGGUUAUCUGCAGUUGAACAGCGUAGACCAGGGCAGCCAUCAGCAGGUAUCUGCCAGUUUCUCAUCACUAGAGGAAAUCAUGGAUAGAGCAUAUGAAAGAUAUUCCUUGGAGCUCCGCAGUGUCCAGAUACUCUACAGCAAAUCAGGAGAGAAAUGGGAAAAUGCUCGUCUUAAAGGCGUCUCCCAUCAGCACAUCCUGCAGCCGAUGGACUUCACACUUCAACUCGCUAAAUGUAUGGUGGAUAAAGAUUCCCGUAUGCCCAGGUUCAAAGUAUCAGGGGAGCUGCCGUUACUUCAUGUGAAGAUUUCUGAUCAGAAGAUCCAGGGUGUUCUGGAGCUGGUGGACAGUAUUCCUCUCCCUCAGUCUACCUCAUCUCCCCCUAGCACCCCCAAAGAAAAGGUAUUGGGGAUGCCGCUGUCUGAUGCCAGGCCAAAGGUCUUGGGUUUAGACCCCACAGUUUUGUCCUAUACUGUUGAGUCAGACUCUGAUGAAGACACCAGUGAGAAGUCUGCAGAUGAAGACUCUCUCAAAUCAACCUUAGAGGAACUGACCGAAGUGCAGUUUCAGUUUGAAGUCAAAGCGGUGUUGUUGGAGCUUACGAGGCAGGCCGCUCAGGAGGAUGUCAUAUUGGCUCUUAAUGUGUCUCAAGUGGGUGCGGAGGGCAAGAUGCGAACCUUCGAUCUCACAGUAACAUCUUACUUGCGCAAGAUCAGCCUGGACUACUGCGAGAUAAAAGAUGCGCAAAAUCAGCCACUUCAUCUAAUUACCUCUUCAGACAAGCAUGGCUCUGAUCUAUUGAAAGUGGAGUACAUCAAAGCUGAUGUCAAUGGACCCAGCUUCCACACCUUAUUUAAUAAUACAGAACAGACACUGAAGGUGGAGUUUUCCUCACUAGACUUCCUGCUGCACACUAAAGCUUUGCUGUCUACCAUCAACUACAUGAAUUCAGCAAUACCACAAGACCUCACAACUUCUAAAGACAGAGAAACCCAGAGACAAGCUGUGAGAGCAGCAGCAGGGAAGACAGUGUCUAAGGGUUCGAAGGACUCUGGUGUUGUAAACUUUAAGCUGUCUGCCGUACUCGGCUCUUUCAGAGUGUCUGUUUGCGAUGACAGAAGCAACAUUGCUGACAUCCGGGUUCAAGGCAUCGAUGCAUCUGUGGUGGUCCAGGCCAAAGAAACAGACGUUUUUGCCCGUCUACGUGACAUUGUGGUUCUUGAUGUGGACCCUAAGACCAUCCAUAAGAAGGCGGUGUCAAUCGUCGGAGAAGAGGUGUUCAGCUUCAAGAUGACGUUGUAUCCCGGGGCCACUGAAGGUGAAGGCUACACUGACACCUCCAAAGUGGAUGGGAGAGUUAUCCUGAGACUUGGCUGUAUCCAGAUCGUCUACCUGCACAAGUUCCUUAUGUCUUUAUUGGACUCUUUUAGCUAUCAGUACCCCUCUGCUGAUGAGAUGUUUGUGGAUAACUUCCAGGCAGCUAAAGAGGCUCUCAGUGCUGCCACGGCUCAGGCUGCGGAGAAAGCAGCUUCCAGUGUGAGGAAUUUCGCUCAGAAGAGCUUCAGACUUGCCAUGGACAUCAGACUGAAGGCCCCCCUUAUCAUAAUCCCUCAGUCCUCCACAUCCCAUAAUGCAUUUGUGGUUGACCUGGGUCUCAUCACUGUGGGAAACAGCUUCUCACUGCUGGCAGCUGAGGGCUUCCCAUUGCCUGCAGUUUUGGAGACCAUGGAUGUAAAACUCACGCAGCUCAAACUAUCUAGGACUGUUCUGAAGCAUGAUGCUGCUCAUCUAGAUGUUGAGAUUCUGAAGCCCAUAAAUCUAGAGCUUUUACUCAAGCGUAAUUUGGCUGCCACUUGGUACAACAAAAUUCCUGGAAUGGAGGUCAAUGGAGUACUUAUGUCAAUGGAUAUGGCUCUUGGCCAUGAGGAUUUUGGGGUCCUCAUGAGAAUCCUAGCAGAGAACAUUGGCGAGGGAAGCAGGGCUGCUGCAGUGGAGGAAACAAAAGCUUCUGCUAAAAAUGAAGCUGUAGAUGAAGGACUGAUAGAGACACUUCCUGUAGGGACAGAGACGCAACCUGCAUUGACCAAUGGUGCUUUCACUGAGAAUGUUGUCAAUGUGCUGCUCAAUUUUGAAAUCAAGGAGGUUAUGCUGAAGUUGACAAAGUCCAAAAAUGGGAAAGAGUGUCCCUUUUUGGUUCUCCAUGUAGCUCAGCUUGGAAUUGACACUAAAGUUCGAAAAUAUGACAUGGAGGCCACAACAUACAUUAAAACCAUCUCCAUGAAAUGCCUAGAUUUCCCUGAUUCAAAUGGAGAAGCGCUCUGUAUAAUCAGUUCCUCAGCAGAGUCGGGAGCAGAUCUUCUUGAAGUCAAGUACUUUAAGGCUGAUCGAAAUGGGCCCAAUUUUGCAAGCCUUUACCAGAAUACUGAGCAGAAGAUUCACGAAACGGUCGCCAUCUCCAUCGUAGGCGAUGAGGUGUUCAGCUUCAGCAUGAGUCUGACACCCAAAGCCACUGAGGGGGCUGGGUAUACAGAUACUUCAAAGGUCGAUGGCAAAGUGAAACUCAACGUGGGCUGUAUUCAAGUGGUCUACCUUCACAAAUUCUUCAUGUCAUUACUGAAUUUCAGUAAUAACUUCCAGGCAGCUAAAGAGGCUCUCAGUGCCGCCACGGCUCAGGCCGCGGAGAAAGCAGCUUCCAGUGUGAGGGAUUUCGCUCAGAAGAGUUUCAGACUUGCCAUGAACAUCAGGCUGAAGGCCCCCCUUAUCAUAAUCCCUCAGUCCUCCACAUCCCAUAAUGCUGUGGAGGCGGACCUGGGUCUCAUCACUGUGGGAAACAGCUUCUCUCUUCUCCCAGUGGAAGGUCGUCCGCUGCCUGCUGUCAUAGAUAAUAUGGAUAUACAGCUCACACAGCUAAAACUUUCCAGAAUUUCAAUGGAGCAGGACUCAAAUCAGCCUAGUUCAAAACUGUUGGAGCCAGUCAACCUUGUUCUGUCUGUUAAACGUAACCUGGCGGCAUCAUGGUACCAGAAGAUGGCUGCCAUAGAGGUGGAUGGAGAUCUGAAGCCCAUGAAGGUGGCUCUGAGUCAAGAUGACCUGAUUGUCCUGCUGCGGAUUCUGAUGGAGAACAUCGGAGAGGCGAGCAGUGUUCAAUCUGACACACCAAUCGGCUCAGAGGCAGCCCUCAAACAAGAGAGUGUGCUUGUCAGGACACGUACAGCGACUGGCUCUGAGAUUCUUGUGGAGAAGCUGUCUGAAAGUAAACUGAGGGACACAGAGCUGCUGGAGAGUGUCAAAUUCAGCUUUAAUGUGGAGUCCCUUGGCCUUACUCUUUACAGUAACGAUCCUGCACAGCCCUCUGUUCAUGAGGAGCAGUCGUGUUUAGGUGAAUUUAUGCUGUGUAAAAUGAAGACUUCAGGCAAAAUGUUUACUAAUGGCAACAUGGAGGUCUCCACCAUCCUCACCACAUGCACGCUAGAUGACAGGAGGAGCGGUAUUCAGAGAGUCACAUCCAGGAUGCUGGGAAGGCGUGAUGAGGAGACGUCAGAGCCCAUGAUUGAUAUGACAUACUUUCAGAGUGCGGAUGAGCGCUCGGUGGUCACUGUGCUGCAGAAGCUCUAUUUGUGCGCUAGCGUGGAGUUCCUGUUGGCUGUGGCCGACUUUUUUGUGCAAGCCCUGCCUUCAAGUCCACCUACACAGAGAGACAAAACCAAUCAGCUGCCACUCAAAUACAUCUCAGAGCCCAAAAUCCAGAGUGAACCUAAAGCAGCUCCGAGAACCAGACUGCGAGCAGUUGUGGUGGACCCAGAGGUUGUGUUUGUGGCUAACCUGAUGAAGGCAGAUGCUCCUGCACUGGUGGCCUCAUUCCAGUGUAAUUUUAGCCUCCUGUCUGAAGACACGGGCCAGGCAAUGAAGGCCAACGUCAGAAGCCUCAAAGUUCUCGCCUGCCCCUUUAUCAGGACGGAGGGUGACAAAGCCGAGACCACCGUGCUGAGACCAUGCUCUGUUGAACUUGAGACCAAAAUGCCAACCAAUGCCCCAUUAACUGGUUCAGUAACUGUAGAGGAGGUCAUAGUGAAAAUCUCUCCUAUGAUUCUUAACACUGUCAUUACCAUCACGGCUGCCAUGGCACCCAAACCUAAAGAAGAGCCGUCACAGCAGACGUCAGAUGACCUAAACAGCCUCUGGUCUUUGAUGAAUGUCGCUAAUGCAAACUACUGGUUCCUUGGUGUGGAUACAGCCUCCGAGGUCACUGAGAGCUUCAAGGAUGUGGACAGCAGUAAGGAUGGAGAGAGUUUUGAGAUGAACGUGAAGGUGGUGCAGGUCACGCUGGAGUCAGGUUUGGGGCAUCAGACUGUUCCCCUGCUGCUUGCAGAAUCAUCAUUCACCGGUACUGCUCAGAACUGGUCGUCAUUGCUCAGUGUCUCUGCAGAUAUGACACUGGAGGUGAAUUACUUCAAUGAGACUCAUGCCAUUUGGGAGCCACUGCUUGAGAGAGUGGACAACGGCAAACGGAGGUGGAACCUUAAAUUAGAUAUGAAGAAUAACCCUGUUCGGGAUAAAAGUCCAGUUCCUGGGGAUGAUUUUAUUAUGUUGCCAGACCCUCGCACAGCCAUCACCAUAUGUUCCAAAGACACCAUGAACAUCACGGUGUCCAAGUGCUGCCUCAGUGUCUUCAACAACCUGGCUAAGGCGUUCUCAGAGAGCACAGCCUCCACGUUUGACCAUUCUCUGAAGGAGAAAUCCCCCUACACCAUCCGCAAUGCAUCAGGCAUUCCUCUCAUUGUUCAGCACAGUGCUAACCUGCGUUUGACUGGCUCUUCCACGUGGGGUAAACUGCAUGAAUUGGCCGUGGAUAAAAGUGUGGAUUUAGAACAUUCAUCCUUUGAGUGUUCUUCACGACUGUCUGCCCUGCAGAGGCAGGAAAGCUGCUUAUUCAAUCUCAGCAUAGUUCCCUCAGGUUACAGUGAGAUUACAAAUAUCCCGUUGGGUAAGCCUGGCCGUAGACUGUAUAAUGUCAGAGGACCCAUGGAUGCUGUGUCUGUACUGCUUCAGAUCGAUGCCAGCGAGGGCAACAAGGUCAUCACAGUACGGUCCCCCCUACAGAUAAAAAACCAUUUCUCGGUGCCUUUUGCCAUUCUGAAGUAUUCUUCUGAACUUGGAGUGAUGGUGAAUGUAGGGGUUGCUGAGCCUGAGAAGGAGUGUCAUGUUCCUCUAGAAGCUUACAGGAGUCAGUUGUUCUUGCUGCCUGUCGGUCCUUUAGAAGAUUUGUAUCGUGCGUCCACCACAUGCAUCGCAUGGAAGGAGCAGGUGCACGUGAGCUUAGAGGUUCACGCAGUGCUGCGGUGUCCCUCAACAGAGAGCAGCUUUCUGCCACUGGUGGUGAACACACUGGCCGUGCCUGAUGACCUCAGCCACAUUGGCAGCCAUGGGGAAGGGGACUGGGACCCUGCUUACGUCAUCCACCUGCACCCAGCUGUCACUCUCAAAAACCUGCUACCUUACUCAAUACGUUACCUGCUGGAGGGUUCUGCUGACUUCUACGAGCUUCAGGAGGGCAGUGCGGCGGAUGUGCUGAAUUCGAAUGUUGGCGGUGAAAUAAUGGAGCUUGUUUUGAUCAAGUACCAAGGUCGCAACUGGACUGGACAUAUGAGGAUUAGCAGAGAAAUGCCUGAGUUCUUUUCCAUCUGCUUCACCUGCGACACACCAGAAGGACUGACCGUGGACCUGUGUGUGCAUGUGUCUCGAGUGAGCGGCAAAAUGGUCCUCUCUGUUUACAGUCCGUACUGGAUCAUCAAUAAGACGUCCCGCGUGCUGCAGUAUCGUGCAGAGGAUACAUGUGUGAAACACCCAUCUGACUUCAGAGACGUCAUUCUGUUCUCCUUCAGAAAGAAGAAUUUCUUCAACAAGAAUAAGUUGCAGCUCUGUGUGUCCACCAGCUCAUGGUCCAAUGGCUUCUCGCUGGACACCGUUGGCAGCUACGGAUGUGUCCGUUGUCCAGACAAAAGCGGGGACUACUUGGUUGGGGUUAGCAUCCAGAUGAGCAGCUUUAAUCUGACACGGAUUGUUACCAUGAGUCCUUUCUACACGCUAGUCAAUAAGUCCUCGUUUGAGCUGGAGGUUGGAGAGGUGCAAAACAACAAUGGUUUCAGCUGCAAAUGGCACUACAUCUCCUCCACAGAGUGUUUGCCUUUUUGGCCUGAGGCCAGCACAGGGAAGCUGUGUGUACGGGUUGUGGGAUCUGAAUCUAGCUCCAAAUCGUUCUUCUUCAACAAGCAGGACAACGGAACUCUGCUGCGAAUGGAACAGUAUGGUGGCGUGAUAGUGGAUGUGAAUAUCGCAGACCACUCCACUGUCAUCAGCUUCACUGAUUACUAUGAUGGAGCUGCACCUGCAUUGGUUGUGAAUCACACACCCGCAGCCACUGUCAACUUCAGACAGAGAGGCUGUGAGGAGUCUUGGGCACUGAGACCAGGUGAAGCUCAGCGUUUUGCAUGGGAUGAUCCAGCAGGGGUGCGGAAGCUUUGCUGGAGCUGUCAAGUCCACAGCGGAGAACUGGACCUUGUAAAGGACGAGUGCGGGCAGUUUGCUUACAGCAGCUUAGUUCAGAUACACUGGGUGUCUUUCCUGGAUGGCCGACAGCGGGUGCUGAUCUUCACUGAGGAUGUUGGCAUAGUCUCAAAAGCACGGCAGGCAGAGGAGCUGGAGCAGUUCCAGCAAGAAGUCAACAUCUCAUUAAGGAACCUGGGCCUGUCACUCAUCAACAAUGACAUCAGGCAGGAGAUAGCAUACAUUGGCAUCACCAGUUCUGGUGUGGUUUGGGAGAUGAGACCAAAGAACCGCUGGAAGUCCUUUAACCACAAGAACAUUGGACUGUUGGAGAAAGCCUACCAGGACCAUAUCAACAGCAAGAGUGAACCAGGCUGGACUAGACUAGAAACUGGCCUAGAGGUGAACUUUGGAAGAUUGCCCAUGUUGAUGAGACAGCCAUUUUCCUGCACUAUCAGGAGAAACUUCCUGCCUGGCAUUCGUAUUGAGUUGAAACAGUCGCCUCACCAGAGGAGUUUACGUGCACAGCUCUAUUGGCUACAGGUGGAUAAUCAGCUGCCGGGAGCUAUAUUUCCUACUGUGUUUCAUCCUGUUCCUCUUCCAAAAUCUAUUGUUCAAGACUCAGAGCCGAAGCCGUUUAUCGACGUUAGCAUCAUCACAAGGUUUAAUGAGCACAGCCAUGUCAUGCAGUUUAAGUACUUUAUGGCAUUAGUGCAGGAGAUGGCAGUGAAGAUCGAUCAGGGCUUCUUGGGAGCAAUCCUCGCCUUGUUUACCCCAGCUACCGACUCCCAGGAUAGUAAAGAGAGGAAUAAGCUGAUAGAGAAGGAUCUGGAGGCGCUGCAGGCUCAGCUGAUGGAGAGCUCCAUGACAGACACCUCAGGCCUCAGCUUCUUUGAGCAUUUCCACAUCUCUCCUAUUAAACUGCACCUGAGUCUGUCUCUGGGCUCCAGUGGAGAUGAAUCUGAGCAGGGGGAUAUGGUCGCCAUCCAGUCCGUCAACCUCCUGCUCAAAAGCAUUGGUGCCACACUCACUGAUGUAGAUGAUCUGAUUUUCAAACUGGCUUACUUUGAGGUGAAAUAUCAGUUCUACCGACGGGAGAAACUGAUGUGGGCGGUGAUCAGACACUACUCUGAGCAAUUCCUAACGCAGAUGUACGUGCUGGUUUUGGGUCUGGAUGUUCUUGGAAAUCCAUUCGGGCUGAUCCGAGGCUUAUCAGAAGGAGUGGAGGCUUUCUUCUACGAGCCCAUCCAGGGGGCUGUUCAAGGACCUGAGGAAUUUGCAGAAGGUCUUGUUAUCGGUGUUCGAAGUUUACUGGGCCACACAGUGGGGGGCGCAGCUGGGAUGGUGUCUCGUAUAACAGGCACUGUAGGAAAAGGCUUGGCUGCCAUCACUAUGGACAAAGAGUAUCAGCAGAAACGGAGGGAGGAGAUGAACAGACCCACUAAAGACUUUGGAGAGAGUCUGGCUAAAGGAGGAAAGGGUUUCCUCAAGGGUGUGGUUGGUGGAGUAACAGGAAUUGUGACCAAACCGGUGGAAGGGGCGAAGAAAGAGGGGGCUGCAGGCUUCUUCAAGGGCAUUGGGAAAGGCCUGGUUGGAGUGGUGGCCAGACCUACAGGGGGCAUCAUAGACAUGGCAAGCAGUACUUUUCAGGGCAUUCAAAGAGUGGCGGAAUCGACUGAAGAGGUGACUAAAUUAAGGCCAGUGCGUCUCAUACAAGAGGACGGCAUCAUACGGCCCUACAACCACCAUGAGUCGGAGGGCUAUGACCUCUUUCAGAGGUCUGAGAUUAAACAGUUGGAUGAAGAGAUCUUCAGAGAACACUAUGAGUACCCAGGGUACAAAAAAACAAACAUCAUUAUCACCAACAGGAGAGUGAUGUGUGUGAAGGAGAUCGACGUGAUUGGACAUUUCAAUAAAGAAUGGGAAUGUCAAUUUGAGAACUUUCAAAGGCCUCCAAGCAAAGAAGGAGGAGAUUUGAAGAUAUAUUACCGGGAACAGAACAAAUUAAACCUCAUUAAGAAGGAUGGACAGACGCUAGUGAAAGUGAUACACAUGAGACAUGCUGACAUGGCUGAGAGACUGCGAGAAGGAAUUGACAGUGCCCAGUUUGCACGCAGGCAAUAUCAGAUGGCACGGCAGAAAUCACAGCGCUUCAUCAAAAUGGGCAACAUUUAAAUUAGCCAGACAAACCAUGUAAACACAUGACCACAUCAUCUCCGUUUCAUAUACUGCCUAGCAUUCAAAGUAUCAAUUAUGUAUAGAAAUAUAUUUUAGCAAAUCUAUUAGUUAAACUCAAUGAAGUUUUGAAUGUGUCUCUGAAUUUUUGGAGUUAGAACUACAUUUUUUUGGGGAUGUUUAAGCACUUCGCCUUGUGUUUUGCUUGAGGUCUUGAUGAUGGGAGAAAUCAAAUAUGGAAAAGAGAUUUUGUUAAUUAUUUUGUUAAUUAUUAUUAUUUUGCACUUGCUAUAAAAAUACAUCACUUCAAUAUACAACUGUAAUGUAUGAGGCUUGUCCAGUUUAGCUCACUUAUCUUGAUUACAAAUCCUGUCAUAAAAGAAAGACAAAAACUUGUAU